CAGUGUUCUAUUAUCAGUGCUUCGACAGAGAAACUGACAAUUGUUGUCAAGGCUUUCUCCAUACGCGCCAAUUCACGCGCUCUUUUCAAAAUGGUGGAGCCAAAGUCAAAUCCCAAUAUCAUCGACUGUUUGCAUGGCAUACGUUGUAUGUCGCUGCUCUGGGUCAUCUUUGGACAUGAAUACAUUAUUGCCGUUAUGUCUCCAAACAUGAACUAUAUUAAAAUGUUUUCUGUAAGUACUCUGAUAUUGUGAAUACAAACAGAAUUAAUAUGGAAUUUCGAUUGCUUUCAGUGGGUGGGAAAACCCUUUCCCAGUUUUGUUUUUCAUGCUGUUUUCGCUGUGGACACUUUCUUGUUUCUCAGUGGCUUGCUAUUGGUCAUGAUCUCAAUGCGUGCCCUAGAAAAGUGAGUUUACAGCAGCCCCCACUAUCAAUAUCUUAUUUUAUCAGCUAUCAACUUUCUUUCUUAUGCAGAUCCAAGGGCAAAUUAAACAUUCCUAUGAUGUAUCUGCAUCGCUAUUUGCGCCUCGCUCCCAUUGUGGCAGUGGCCAUAUUCAUGAAUAUGAAACUGUUGCCCUACCUGGGAGACGGUCCUCUGUUUGGCGACAUCAACUUUGACAAUUAUGAAAACUGUGAGAGCAACUGGUUCUGGACUUUGCUCUUCCUACAAAACUAUGCCACUAAGGAGUUGUGCUUGAUUCAUACUUGGUACUUGGCAGUGGACAUGCAGCUAUAUAUACUCUCUCCCAUAUUUCUUCUAUGCUUGUACAAAUGGGGCAAGAAGGCUGCAGCUGGAAUCUUUGUUCUAAUGCUCCUGCUCUCCGCUUGCCUCUUCUGCACAAUGAUGACCGACAAGUACUACAUUUAUCUGGAAAAUGGAAAACUUUCUGAUGAGGCGCAACGCAAGAUCUACUAUGCCACUCAUACACAUGCAGCUCCUUGGCUGAUCGGCGUGCUCUUUGGCUAUUUCCUACAUGUGAAUCGCAGCAAGAAGUUUCAGCUGAAUCGCAUCGAGAUCUGGAUGGGUUGGAUUGCGUCCCUGGUUCUGCUAUUCACCUGUGUGUUUGCCUUGUAUCCAUCUGCCAAACUGAGAAGGCCAGCUCUAUCCCUACUAAAGGAGUCGUCCUACUAUACGUUCACCCGCAUCGCCUGGCCCCUCUGCUUGUGCUGGGUGGUCUUUGUUUGCGUGAAGGACUAUGGUGGCUUGGCCAAUAGUUUUCUCUCCUGCCCACUGUGGCAACCCCUCUCAAAGAUAUCCUAUUCCGCCUACAUCUUUCACGUAUUCAUACAGCAAAUCAAUGGUUGACGAGUCCGAGCAUACACAUAUUUCUCCGACUACGAUGUGGUAAGUAGAAAUUUUCAAAUUGGUAAAUAUACGAUUAUUCAAACAUGUAAUUCUUUGGCAGAUUUUGAGGUUUUGGGCGAUCUUUGUGUUCACCUUGCUGUUGUCUUAUGCAAUGUACAUUACAAUGGAGGCGCCCGUCGCUGUGCUACAGACAAUGCUUUUGUCCAAGGUCAGAACUAGUCCAAAACCAACUGAAGAAGCAAAAAAUGAAUCAACCCGAGAGGUCAAGAACUUUGCGGGAACAUAACAAGAGAUAGAACACUCCGAAGAGAUGUUAGAAGCAAAUUUAGAAAAAAGAGUUAAAGAAACUUGAUUUUACUUUGAUAUAGUUCCAAAGAAUGUUGUUUAUAGACAAGUCCUUUAUAUAAAAAAUCAAACACUUAAUCAGUAAGAUUAAGAGUUAACUGAUUAGACUUAUUAUAAGUGAGAAGUCUUCCUAAUGUAGCCUUAUCAAAUGCCAUAUCUAUAGGUCAAGCUAUUAUUGAAACGCCCCUAAGCGGCCCCUAUUCUAAAUAAGUAAUCGAUUAAAGUUAUCUUCCAAUACGUACUACAUGGUAUUUAUUUGCUUAAUGACUCGUACGACUUUCCCAAGUGAGACACCCGUCAAAUUGCACUUCUAAUGAGUCAGUCCACUUGGACGUUUGAUCUAUCCAGACGCUCGAUGAUAUACAAAGGUAUUUACUACUAAUAUAGUGCCAAAUGUAGUGAUUAGAAAUGUCAACAAGCUUAAUGUAGAGUCUAGAUUAGAUUAACUGCUCUUUCUGAUUAAAUACUAAUUGAUAUGAAAAUGAGUGAAUGCGAAUAGAGAAUAAUCAACCGGGAAAUUAUGUACACUGAACUAAAACUUGGAGUAACACUUUUUAAGUUAACUAAUAUAAGAACGCAUAUU